UCUGAAUAAUACAUUCAGUUAAUAUUUGUUCACCGUUUGAAAUGCAUCACCAUCAGAAUCUCGGAGAAGCAGCAGCAGCCUUAUCUGCUAUCCAUCCACCGCCCUACGAGUCGUUGGUCAUGUACGAGCCACCGAAACCUUCAUUUAUUUUCAAAAUACCGCGUGUGGUUCCUCACCAGAAGUCAAAAUUCGAAACCGAUGAGCUUUUCCGGCGCCUUAGUCGCGAAAGUGAGGUGCGGUACACAGGCUAUAGGGAACGCUCCAUUGACGAGCGUCGAAUGCGUUUUGUCAACGAUUGCCGCAAAGGCUAUGCAGAGCUCUCAUUUGUGGCUUCUGGUACCAACAUACAACUCUACUUCAAUGCCAAUCACAACCCGUAUACACAGGACCAAGAAUGUGAUUUCGAGAAGGAACGCGGAAAAGUGCAUUUGCGUUCUAAUUUCAUUAUGAAUGGAGUUUGCGUAAGAUUUCGCGGAUGGCUGGAUCUGGAACGUUUAGAUGGAGUAGCCAGCCUGGAGUAUGAUGAGGAGCGGGCCCUGCAUGAAAAUGCACAGCUAUGUGAGCAGGUUGCGAAUUACAAUCAACGCAUGGUCGAAUCAAAACGCAUUUAUGCCCCCCAAGAUGAAGUCCCUGGACGAGGUCCAGUGGGUUGGUAGGUCAAUAAGUUCGAAGAAUUGUAGACUGUAAGCCAAAUAUUACAAUGAAUAAGUACGAGUGCUACUGAUAUUUAUAUUUUGGGAAUUGACAAUACAGAAGUCAAUACCUAAAAACUGGGAACGCCACAAUAUACUGUUUUUUUUUUUUUUUUUGGCUCAUAUGUACAUAUGUAGGUACAAUAUUAUUAUGUUGAAUUGGUUUUUAUUUUGUUUACAACAAGUUUACAAUAUCGAAUUGUCCAAACAAUAAAUAUUUCUUCAGAGAG